CUAUUAUUUCCUUGCAUAUGCUCUCCCCUUCUCUCUCUCUCUCUCUCUUUCACUCAAUACUAUCUUUGCUUCUAAUCUAAGCUUUCACUACAUGUCCACUCUAUAUCGCUAUAUAUCCCCCAAAUAGCAAAGCUGGGCUAAGCCGAAAACCCAUCUCCAAAGCAAUGACGUCGGUCUGCAUAACGAACUGCCUGAACGACACCGUGUGCCGCGACCCCCGAGUCCCGGUUCGAGCCACAUACGUGAACCUCUACAAGUGGCCCGAGUCCGACGCCGAGUUCGUGCGCUCAGUGACUGCCCAGGGCGGCGACCAACACCGCUACCGCGCCAAGGUCGUCGACAGCAUCUCAUGCCGGCAGAUAUACCUGAGGAGCUAUCCCUUCUCCAAGGAAGAGGACCAAGUGAGCAAGACCAAGUGCUUCGGUAGAGAGAGGAAGAGGAGGGACAGCAAGAAAGAGACAACCAGAGGGAGGACAAGGGGGAAGAAGAGAUGCAUGAUGUUGAGGAGGGUGAGGGAGCUGUCGUGGAGUACUGUGUCCAGGAUCUUCCACAGGUUGCUCUCUUGCUCUGCUAGUGUUGAUAUUGUGGAUCCCAAGUAAGAAGAAGAAAGAAAUUGGUUCAGAAGUCACUUGGUUUGCUAUAUGUGUAAUGUAAGUAAGAACGUAAAAGAACACUCUUUAUUCCUUUCUUGCUAUAUUGCAAUAUAAAUUCUCUCUUGCAUCAUGAAAAGCUUGAAUCAUAAACAUUGUUACUUUCUUUUUUUUCUUUGUUUU